GUUCAGCCUCACAGCUUCAUCUGAUCAGUUCAGAGCACAGAGAGAAACACACAAUUACUACACCAGCACACAAAUAGUCUGUACUUCACAGAAACACCAAAUACCAAAGAUAGAGUACAUUACCAGCCUUCCUUACAGCCAAGGGAAGAUUCCUUUACUUUGCUGUCUAGAAGAUUCUAGAAGAAUCUAGAAGCAGCGGAGAGAAGAGAGGGAGAGGUGAGGAUGUCUUCUCUCUCCAAUCAGCAGCAGCAGAGUGGUGGAGGUGGACAGCGCUGUGAGUAUACUGAGCUGGGCAAGGUGCCCUCUGUCUCUAUGGCGUCUCCUCAGCAGGCCCCCCAGGGCUGUGACCGGCAGCAGGACCAGAUGGGACCACAAGGUUUCGGGGGCAGCCCAGGGGCACCCAGGCUAACUGACGAGGACAAGCUGUCAAGCCUCUUUGAUGGACCUUCAUCUGGAUCAGGGUUCAAGGUGGAGUCGUCUGACCUCAAGGUGCCAGGGAGGAUGGGUGUUGGACCCGGGGCACCUUUGGGUCUGGGUAGUGCUUGGGAGAGCCCCACAAAUUCCCUCUCCUCUUCACCCUCUCCAGCCUCCCCUGGGAAACUCUUCUCUACCCCGGGACGAGAACACAGGGCCAAUGGAGCUGCAGCCCUGCGGGUGUCACCUGCUGUGCAACAUGACGCCUCACCGUUCCCCAACACACAAAAGGUGGACAACUGUGUAUGGAAUCCCUCCUUCUCUGGGCCACCCCACACAGGCCUUAAGCCUGCUGUUCAGACUUCUGCACCUGCACCUGCAGACAACUACUGUGUCAUUGGUGUUGUCAACAACAACUACUCUAAGGGUGGAAACGGCACUGUGUCAGGAUUCUCUGAAGACCGUGAUGAGGACACGGGGCCUACUUUACCUCGAGGAGGAGGGACUGAGCAGCAACACAAAGCCGUGAGGCGCGCCAUUUCUGACUGCUCCCACCUGUCUGUGCCGGGUAGCUUUGACUUCUCCCAGUACCCAGUGCAGCCUGGCGGACUAGUGGACCUGCCCUCACCUGGAAGUAACAUUAUGGGGUCCAAGUCUCCACACUCGGCUGUGCAACGCUCUCUGACAGUGGGGGAGGAGAGAAAGACUGUGUCGCCCACACUCUCUCCUCUGUCCCCACUGAGCCCUGUCAGGGCCCCCAACUCCCCUUCCCCUAGGAAAGGUACUGGUAAUGGGAUGUCACAGAGCCAGAUUGAGAGUGUCCUACUGCCGGUUCCCUUCACUGGAAAAACCUUCAACAUCAUAAAUACCAAAAGCUCCAUUGAGGUGAAAGCAGAGAAUAAGGACAAACAAGAGAAGGCAGAUUUCUUCCCAAAGACAGAUAACUUGAACAUAUUUGAGAAGACGGAGAAGUCCGACAAGGUGGAGAAGAAAGAGAAAGAAGAUGAAUCUAAGAAAGUCGACAAUGCCGACAAGACCUCAAAAUCUGAGAAGAUCCUCAAAGAUGAAGAGAAGUUCCAUAAGACGGAGAAGAAUUAUACAAAUGAAAAAGUGGACAAGCCAGAGAAGACAAACAAAGAUGAGAAGAUGGAGAAGAAAGAAAAUGAGGAGAAAACUGACAAGAUGGUCAAAGCUGAAAAUAAUGAAAAGGCUGGGAAAGGUACUGCAAAGUCCCAAACAACCAACGGAAGCAAUCAGGACCUCACCAGCCCAGACAGUAAGGCCAAGCCUGCUGUUGGGUCAACCAAACCAAACUCUGCCAAAACACGGCCCACCUCUUUGUCCACUGGGGACGCAGCUGGGCCCCCAAAACGUUCCUCCCCCACCUCAAGCUCUGCCAAUAAAAAAAGCCCCGUUACCAAGGCAACCACUCCCACUGCUUGCACCAAGCAGCCAACGCCCGCUGCCAGUCAAACCCCUAAAGCCACCAAGUCCAUGACUCCGGAAAAUGGUCCUCCUGUGCCAAAGGCCAAUGGCACGGCAAAUAAGAACGGUUCCUCGACAACCGCCACUACUAAACCUGCUGGGCCACGCCCCUCUGCCAGUGCUCCCUCUCUGCGCCGCAACACCGUUCCCAAGACUGAUGAUACCAAGCCAGGUGACGUGAAGAAGCCUAGUACGCUGAAGACAACACCAACCAAGCCCAGGGUGCCUCGCACCUCCGCCACAGCUCCGAGCACUCCUGCCACCAACGGGGAGCAGCCUCGCCGACGCAUCACCAAACCCCCAGUGCCCAAGCAGACCGCUAUGGAGAGGAAGCCACCUGUACCCAGAGCACCUAGGACUCCCAGACCUAUCAACGCACCCCUGCCGGACUUAAAGAAUGUGCGCUCCAAGAUCGGCUCCACAGACAACACGAAGUACCAGCCUACCGGCGGCAAGGUCCAGAUUCAGCAUAAGAAGGUGGACUUGAGCAAAGUGACCUCCAAGUGUGGCUCUAAGGACAACAUCAAGCACAAGCCAGGUGUGUCCACUACAGGGGGUGGAGACGUGAAGAAUGAGGCUAAGGCCAAUGGCAAUGGUAAUGGGAAGCCCAAGGUGGGAUCAAUGGACAAUAUUGGCCUUGAGGCAGGGGAUGGACCAAUCAAGGCUGUGGGGAUGCCGGAGAAAGCUGCAGGGAAAACAUCUCCCCCUGGUGGAGCUCCAGCUACAGGCGCAGGAAGCAUGGCUAAAGAGAAUGGGAAUAAGGCGACGCCUCCUCCUAAUCCCUUUGGGGGUGACCCGAUGGGCAUGGACAAACGCAUCCCGGAGACAAAUUGAGUCUUAUAAGCUGAGCUUUCGCGAGAACGCACGGGCUCGCACCACCAACGGCGCCGACCUUAUCUCUUGGCCCACCCCGAUUGGCAGCCCCCCCCUCACCCCCAUCGCAGCACCUCUCUCUGUGUUUCUCUGGGGUCCGCCAGCUUCCUCCUCCACACCCUCCAGCUCCGACCCAGCCCCUCGUCACCCAGCCCUGGGGCAGGGGGAAAAAUACUGAAUGCUAGCAGGACAAGGACUUCUUUAGCACAUUCCAACUUACUCUUUUUACCUCACAAUACAGUAUCGCAUCACUACUCUCUACCCUCGUUGAAUAUCUGUCUUAGUGGUCUCAGAAGAGCCCGUUUUAAAGUAUAGAGACCAGAGUUCAGACAGAUAGAGCAAGGUAUUUCUGUACAGUGGGGUUUUUGUCUCUUCUAGAUUGUGCUGGCUUAACUUGCUGUAAUAUAAGGGGAGUAGUAUGACCUCAGAGUGAACCUUCUAGAAUCUAGACCCUCAGUGUUCUGUGGUAGUUAUGUCAGCGCCUGCUUCUUUUGUUCCAGCCUAUAAGCACUGUUCUUAUACGUACAGUAGUGCAGUCUUGAUCAAAAUCACAAACACCUACAGUGUCGCACUGUAUAUUAGUAUGACUUUUUUUUGUCAUAGACUAUCACAAUGAGCCACUGCUAUGUAUGUGACAGGCCUAACCCUAGAUGUAAAACCUUCCUUACCAUAUCUAACCCUCUGGAUGAGCAUAGCCUCCCCUGUACUGUAGGGACCCCAGAUUUCACUUAUGCAGUACAAUUUGAUGGUUAGUGAAGCACCCCUUAUUGUGAGCAUGUGGGACUGUCAUGUCAUCCCAAUGAAGAGCGGCUAAUAUGCCACCCCCUCACUUAACCAAUUCAGUAUGUCUUGAUAACCUUCUGUAAACCUGUGACCCCCCCCCACACACACACACACAACCCUCUCAACAAUAAGAAACUAGUAGGCUGUUACAAACAGUAGGAUAUUUAACAUCUUUUUAAAAAAAACUCUGUAUUGUGUUUUCGUAAAUUAUUGUAACAAUGAGCUGAUGUGUUGUUCUGUUGUUUAAUCAUCAAUAUACCCUUUUCCUUUUACUGUUACAUCUCUCUGAAAGCAAUACAGUGAGUGGUCUUUGCCUGAGGAUACAACUUCCUCUUACACACCCGUACUCGCACAUGUAAACCACAGUACGGUACAGUCAGAGAGCGAGCGAGAAAAACCCUCUCAGUGUCUGUGCACAGAGACUGGAUGCCUGAGGCAGGACAGAAUAAUAAGCAGGAGGCAGAAAACAAAGUGAGGAAAGGCCUAUGAUUUGCACCAGGAGAGUGGAGAUACUCCAAUGACGAUCAAGUCUCUGUAGUGUUGGCCCAAUCGUUGGGACAGGGAAGACGAAUAGAGAGCCAUGUUGAAGGAAAGCAAGAUUUAGAUAGAGUUAACAAUAUUAUCGUAAAAAUCCAAAUACAAUUUUAAGUCAAUAUCAAGAGAAGUUUUUGAAGGACAAAGAUGAUCAUUGAUCUCCAAUGUAACAAUUGUACAUUUGAAUUAUUCUCAACUAAUUUACUGUUAAAUAUGAAUUGAUUUGAAUGGCUGCUUAUGCUACUGGUUCCACUGUGAAUAGUGACAUUAUUGUGUAAUAAUAGGGCACAAUUGCUUAACCAAGCAAAUAUAUAUAGUAAUAUAUAUAUCAGCUAAUUACUCUGUUUAACUUGCUAUCGGUUUUGUAAAGAGGUUGGCGGAUGGAAUUGUAUAGCAUUACAUGACUAUGACUUAGGUUCCGGUGUGUGUGUGUGUGUAUAGUAGUUGAACGAUCUUUGGGAUGGUCUCAUUUUGUGAUCAACAUUUAGACGUCUGUGGAGUCUGUCGGAUUUGUGGUACGUUGCCGGAUCAAGAUCAAGGGCACCCGGGUGGCCUUUAAUAUACUGCUAGUUUGGCUCUUAAGAGUAUGAGAAUUGCCGAUCCUUUUGGAGAUAUCCAUCACACUACUCCAACAAGAGGGAUAAUGGCCACAGAUUUCAAUGUGUAAUUGUGCCUUGUAGAUUCUCAAGGCUGAACUGUAACAGGUGUACAGUUCCCCCCCAAAAAGUACAUUUGUGUCCCCCACCCUAAAACACUUUUACUUUGAUUUAUUUGUUGUACGGUCGGUAGGGUGUAAUCGGAAUCUAUUUGAGUGUGUGCACUGCAGUGGAGGAAAUAAUAGUGAUCGUCAAUGGCCGAGAGAAUCAAAGAGCAAGUGAUCAAAUUAUCGAGAAAGAAAAGCAAAAGCACCUUAUGAUAUUUUUAAGGUAUUCUUUCCCCCAACAUUCCCAUGGUUAGUUCCAAAAAAAUUGUAAUGGAAUUAAUUCUUCCUGAAGACUAAGCCUUACACUGAUGAAAGCAGAUGAAAGCACUUUGAAUGCACAGUGGCAUGUACAUUUCAUGUUUGAGCUCUACAGUAUGUUUGAGUGAACUGUUGCCAUGAUUGGAUGAACAGAUUUGUCUUUUAGUCUCCUUGGUGGUAACCUUGCUCACUGGUCACGUUAGUGGACUUUGGUGUCAUGCUUUGGGUACAGUGGUCACUCACGCUCAGUCUGUUCUCCUUGUGCCUGUUAGGCAUCACGUUUAUGAACACUCACCUGUCCAACGCUUAAAUGCUAACUUGCACCACCACCCUUCCAUCAGUCUUCGCACGUUCGUUUGUAUAUAGACAUCCACAUGUUUUCAUCACCACAGGAGAACAAGGUAUUGAUGUUAGGGUCUUUAUGGACGUUGAGAAAUGUCUUUCACGUUCAUGAACCCGUUUCCAGAGAGUGUUUUCUUUCUGGAGUCUGCCUUUUUUCAGAAAGGGCUGAAGUACAAGAAUGUUUUUACAAUUUAAUAUAUUAAAGAUGCAAGAUAUGAAUAUAAUAUGUAUGAACCUUUUGUUUUGUUGUAAAAAAAAAAUCACAAUAAGACACUUAUACUCAAUAUAAAUUUGACUGACAGUAGGAAGUGUGUGUCGAGUCCAGUAUGGGGACUGCAGCAGACUGUGAAUAGCUUAAGCAUUCAGCGAUGGUUAACUUCUCAAUGGAUGGUCUAGGUGUGCUUUUACCCACUCCAGCUCUAUAGUGGAUAAACUGAUAUUUGCUUGAAUGAAUUAACACUUUUAUCUGCCUCUUACACGUAGACUUACUAUAUGUAGAAAAUCUACCAGAAACAAAGAAUCAUCCGAUUUAAUGCAUAUUCUUCCAAGUGUUUUGUGUCGCUGGUGAGCUUAUCGAGUGCUCAACUGUAAUCAUGAACCAGGCAUUGUGAGGAUAGGUUGAAGGUCAAGCUCCCACAUGCGACACCUGACACACACAGCCCUUGAAUGUCGUCCAGACACCCCCCCCGCCCCUUGUGAGACUAACAGUAAGUGUCUUUUGGCAUGUGUUAUGUAGUGUGCUUCUGUAAAGCAUCAAGGAGCCCAUAGCUGUGCUUCUUCUUAGAGCACACCUACAGUGUGUAUUAUUCUCCAUAGUGCACACCAUAAGAGCAUGCAGAAGGCAAUGGAUUGUAAACAUCUGUCAUAGAUAGGAGGAGUUAAUUGUUUCCCUUUCGAUUUGAGUAAUGUAAUUUGGUAUGAAAGAGAUGUUCAUCGUGAUUCAUUGUUAACUAGUGAUGUGAAUAUUAAUCAUGAAAUAAAAGACAAGCAAAACA